ACGGGUUAUCAGAUGUUUGCUUGAACACAAGCAUAUUUCUUUUGUGCUACGAUUUCUCUUUAGAAAAGAGACACAACUCAAGCAAAAAUGGGCGAUUUUUCCACUCCACAAAAGGAGAUCACAUCACAUAGAGAUCUCAACAUUUUGAUCCAUCUGUGCAUUAUAAAUAGCUAGUAGGAGUAAGGAAUGGGUGGUGGUGGCCUGAGAGUAUUCAGCAAGGAAUCAUUUAGACCAGGACUGGAACAAGAAAUCCCAAUGGAUUAGAAAACAGCUAACGUGAUGUCAUCAGAGUAUGAAACACAAAAGGGGGAGGAUGGCCAACAUGCAAAUUUAGACUGGGCACUAGGACAAGACAGGCAAAGAGAUAAAGAAGAAAAGGAGAUCCAGAGGUGGAGACAGAGAGUAAAAUUUGCAAAGCCCAAAGGAGGAGUAAGACAGAUUUAGAGCAUCAGUGCGCCACACUACACCUCUGCUUCCAGAACCAGAUCCCAGAGAGGAAAUCUGUAUACAAUGGGAUUAAAGGAGCUCAUUAAGGACUUUUAUGUUGGAUUCUGGGAUUAUGAGACUCCGAAGAUAAUGGUGGUGAAAAACCAAACUCUCGGAAUCAUUUACAGAAUUGUGCAGUUCCUGGUAAUCACCUACUUCAUAUGGUAUGUGUUCAUCAGUCAGAAGGCCUACCAAGAGAGUGAGACGCGCCCAGAGAGCUCCAUCUACACCAAGAUGAAGGGGGUCGCCCUGGUGGGGGACACUGUGCAGGAUGUGGUGGAGUACGUCAGGCCGUCGGAGGGCGGUGAUGUCAUCAGCUCUAUCCUACGGAGAGAGAUCACGAUUGACCAGAGGCAGGGUGUGUGUGCAGAGCAUUACUCAGUCCCAGGUGCUAACUGUACAACUGACAGCGACUGCAUUGAGGAGGAUGCUGAUAUGGAUGGCAAUGGAAAAAGGACAGGCCGUUGCGUGCCAUACUACAACCACACCUUCAAGACCUGCGAGAUCAAGACGUGGUGCCCUAUCGAGGAAUUUGCUGCUGUCAGGGAGCCCCCAUUGGAGGAAGCAAUCAACUUCACUGUCUACAUCAAGAACACCAUCCACUUUCCCAAAUUCAGAGUGCUUAAAGGAAACGUCAAACCCAAUCAAAAGAGGUAUCUGGAACGCUGCACAUACAAUGAAGUCAAAGACAUCUACUGUCCAAUCUUCAGGCUGGGCUACAUUGCUGAGCAGGCCAGGGUGAAGUUCAGCGAGUUGUUGGAGACUGGAGCUGUGAUCGGGGUCUUCAUUAACUGGAAGUGUGAUCUGGACCUGGACCCCUCGGAGUGUAUCCCGAAGUACGCUUUCCGGCGGCUGGACAUCCGCAAGGACCCUUUAAUCCGUGGCUACAACUACAGGUUCGCCAAGUUCUACAGCAGGAACGGCAGCGAGUUCAGGACUCUGAUCAAAGCUUAUGGGAUAAGACUUGAUGUUAUCGUCCAUGGGGAGGCUGGGAAGUUCAGCAUCAUCCCCACAAUUAUCAACAUGGUGACCGCCUUGACAUCUGUGGGAAUAUGUUCCUUCCUCUGUGACUGGAUUCUGCUGACAUUCAUUGACAAGAAUGAGGUCUACAGUGAGAAGAAGUUUGACGAGGUCACCAACGAAACCUCCCAUAACACAGUGACUGAGGUAACUACAAUGAGCCAGGGCUCCACCCACACAGACCUGUCUGACAGCGUUGCUCUCUGACUCCGCCCACCUCCCACCCAGCUCCACACACAGAGGGACAGCACACAGUCUGCCAGAGUGGGCCUGAGAGACACCUCAGGACAUUGCUUCGCCUGGGGAGGACUGUGAGGAGGAUUGUUGUUGCCACUGAAGUCCCCUUGAACAUGAUGUCCAUCACUCUGAAGGAAGGAAGGUGGGGUUCUUCCAAGAACAACAGAGAACAGUAAUACAAGAUACAAUACAACAAAAUGCAAGAACCUUUAGCCACAGUUUCAGUUUCUCAAAAAAAAAUGGCACUAUAGAGGUUUAACUGUUGAAUGCCCAAAGAAUACAAGUUUUUUGGGGGGACAAACAACCAAUAUUGAGCCCACUAUCUGUCCUAAUGUAGACAAGCGAUAUUAUCAGAAGAGAUGAGAAAAGGCUUUUUUCCCUCUGUUUUAAAAUUUAAAAACCCCUUCCAUUCUUUCAAAAAGCAAACAGACGGAGCACUUCAAAUUCCCUAUUUAUAAGCUUACACAAUUUAAAUAAGCUAGGACUCAGAAAGGUUUUGGAAGUGAAAUGUGUAAGACAUCACUUCCUGUCUUAGAUUUACAAAGACCUGGACAAACAGAUGGCCGAGGGGAGGGGCUUUAUGGCUGACUUUGAAGUCUAAAUGAUUCAACAUAGUUGAAAUAAUCAUGACACUGACCAGAGAACAUUUCUUUCCCAACACACAGCUGCAAAACAGAUAUUAUUGCAAAGAGAAUAUUAAAACAUAAUGUUUAGGUAUGGGUAUGGGAACAUAUAAAAAGAUGUUUAGGUAUGGGAAAGUCUUUUCAAUAUCAGUUUUUGAAACCACACUAAAAUUAUGGGUGUAUAACACAUGUAUUCUGUGUACAUAUAAUACACAUGCUUUUACAGUAUCUUCAGUUUUUGAUUAAUGUAGGAUCUAUUACAUAAAAUAUAAUGAGGAACGUCCAUCCAUUUUCUAACAACUCCAAUUCAGAGCUGGAGCUGCAAGCACAGGGCGUCAGUCUGCCACAGGGCACACAUAGAUACAAACACAGAUAUGCACACACCAGCACCAGUUUUCCCAGAAGCCAAUUUACCUCUCCUUGGAUGUCUUUGGGGUGUGGGAGGAAACCAGAGUACCCAGAGGAAACAUACAGUAUGUGAACACACGGAGAACAUACAAACUCCACACAUGUAGCACCCCAGGUCCAGAAUUGAACCCUUGGCCCCAAUACUGUACCACAUUUACACCCAUGAAGAAAACAUCCCAAAGAAAAAGGUCAGUCACUCUCUCACUCUAAUGGUCAGCUGAAAGGGUCAUGGGAUGUUGGAAAUUUGUGCCCUCAAAAGUCUUAGAGCAGCUGCAGCUGCAGCAGGAACUACUACCAAACCAGGAAACCUGAGAUUUUAAGCAAUGAAAGGGUUUCAGAGUAAAGCAAGGAUCCAGAUCUGGACAAGUUUGAAAAAAAAAGCUAUUUUACAAUGCUGAAAAGCGAGCUGUUCAUUUUCUUCAAGGACAGAUGACUGAAAGUUCAAGGCCUGAAAAUGGAGUUAAAACAAGAAAAUGGAGCUAAAACAACAGCGCUUUAAAGCUUUUUAUAUAUUAAAGCAGCUUUGUUUUCUGUCACCUGCGAUAUGCCAGCCUUGUCUUCUAAAUGUUAAGUAAAUAUUUUAGAUAUUGCCAGUGAUAAAAGUACUUCAUUUUUAUACAAAGGCUUUAUCAAACCACUCCUAUGUAAAGAGGGAAAAAAUGUACUUGAAAGUAUUACUAUAAGCCUUUACAGAUUUUUAGAUAAUUGAUUGCUGUUAUUUUCAUGGACUUUUAUAUCUUAAGUUUGUCUCCCUUGAAUGGUUUUAUUAACUGCGUUACAUUUUACUUCUGUAACUUUUCUUACUGA